GUACGCGUAUCGCUCUCGCUUCCCGGUAGUCGCUGUGCACAGCUGAGCGGGAGGCUGCCGGCUGCCUUUGUCCCCGGCUGCUGCGCGUACACCCGGCUGUGGCGCUUAUAUAGCGGGCGGCUGAUCGCUCCCCUGUACGGCGAUGUCAUUGGACGGCGCGGCGCCCCUGUGUGAGGAUUGUGCUGGCCGGGCAGAUAUCGCUUCUUCCCUGACUCAGCCUCUUCCACUGAGAUAGAUAGUGUCGGCGCGCGGGUAGCGAGGAAGCGGCAGAGAGAGAGCAGGACACGGGCUGAGAGGCUGCGGCUGCUGGAAGCGGGGAACAGAGCACAGGCGGACCCGGGGAGCUGCUGCUGAGCAAGAUGACGCUGAAGCUGGAGCGCUCGGAGAUGGGCAGCCAUCAGUGUGAGGGUCCCGGUUUGCGCUCCGCGCUCUCCGAUCUCUACCUGGAGACCCUGCUGCAGAACCGGGCUACGGCGCAGGCUCUUACCUCCGCUCCCGGGGCUAUGACCGAGGAGUUCUACAUUAAUGGGUCCGCGGCCCACGGGGGCCCCGAGGAAAAGAAGAAGGUCCGGCUAGUGCAGUUUGAGAGGGCGAUGGAGGAGCCCAUGGGCAUCACGCUCAAGCUGAAUCCACAGCAAAAAUGUAUUGUUGCACGAAUUCUACACGGAGGACUUAUCCACCGACAAGGUUCUCUUCAUGUUGGGGAUGAAAUCCUUGAAAUAAAUGGAAAAGGUGUCCAGAAUCAAAGUGUGGAUCACCUGCAGAGUGUGUUGAAAGAAAGCAAGGGAACAGUAACUGUGAAAGUUUCACCAGCACAAAGCAGCCGCAAACCUCCGCUGCAGAUGUUUGUGCGAGCGCUGUUUGAUUACGACCCUCUGUCUGAUCCACUUAUUCCAUGCCGAGAGGCAGGCCUGCGCUUCCGCACUGGAGACGUUCUGCAAAUUAUAAACAAGGAUGACUCCAAUUGGUGGCAAGGGAAGACACAAGGGGCAGAGACGGCUGGCCUCAUACCAUCACCCGAGCUGCAAGAGUGGCGUGUGGCAAGCUCUAAUACAAGUAACCAGAUACCUCAAAGCUGCAGCCCAUUUGGCAAAAAGAAGAAAUGCAAAGAUAAAUACCUGGCAAAACACAGUUCUAUUUUUGAUCAGUUGGAUGUCGUCUCCUAUGAAGAAGUAGUGUCUCUUCCAGCUUUCACAAGGAAAACCCUGGUGCUGAUUGGUGUCAAUGGAGUUGGACGCAGUCACAUAAAAAAUACUUUGCUUACCAAAUAUCCUGAAAGAUUCAGCUACCCUGCACCACACACCUCUCGACCCCCUAAGCGUGGAGAAGAGGACGGAGCCUCCUAUCAUUUUGUGUCGGCAGAGAAUAUGAGCCAGGGAAUCUCAGAAAACCAGUUUCUGGAGUAUGGUAGCUUUAGUGGAUUCAUGUUUGGUACAAAGAUCCAGACCGUAAAGGACAUCCAUAAAGAAGGAAAGGUGGCAGUUCUUGAUAUAGAGCCUCAGACCCUGAAGAUGGUUCGUACAGCAGAAUUGGCUCCAUUCAUUGUGUUUAUAUCUCCCACUGUUACCGAUCAGAGUGAUGCACUCCAGAAGCUUCGUGCAGAUUCAGAAAUUCUUCGCAACCGCUACGCACAAUAUUUUGAUCUAAUCCUGGUUAAUAAUGAUGUGGAGCACACUGUUCAAGAUCUACUCGGGGCUUUCGAUAAAGCUUGUGCUUCUUCUCAAUGGGUACCAGUAACUUGGGUAUAUUGACAAGCUUUCUCAAGAUUCCUAAACCCCAUGCUAUAACCAGCAUCCACUCCAGGCUAGGGCAUUACCAGCUCAGCAUCCCAAGAUUAGAGCUGCUGCUUUUUCUUUGUUUCCUCUCUCCUCAACAGAAUCCUAACCUUACUUUUAAAAUUUAUAUACGAACAGAAGAAAUGACCAUGCCAAACUGAGCGGUGUCUUUUAUGCAGAGUAUGAGGCUGUUCAAAUAACCUUGACAUAAAUAGGCAUGUCUUUUAUUACAGAGACUUGAACAUUAUCUUCUUAUUGAAUAUUGUGGGUGCAUUGCCCCUUAAGUGUUACUUUUUUUUUUUUUAUUUGCCCAUUGUGGCUCAUGACUGCUUUCAGCAAGCCACAAUAGAAUAAGUAGUCUUACACUGAUGGGAAUACCAAUCUUUCAUUUUGUUAGAAUGUCUCUUGGCUAAACAAAGUGGCUGUUGCUGUUAUUUUCGGUGAUCACAGCGUGAGUCAUCGUUGUGUCUCCCUAGAUGUCACAACUAUGUGCUGUUUGAUAAACAUUCUCAUGAGUAUUGGUCAACCCACAACAUGGCGGUCUGCGCUUGGUAUCAGUUAACAGGGUUACCUUAAGCUGAAGAAAGGAACCCCAUACCACACAUACUUAUAAUGGGUUCAGUAUGUAAUACCGCCGCCCAAGAUGCCGAAUGUCAUUAUCCCGACAUCUGCAUCACAAGCGGUGGUAUACUGGCAGGGUGGCCACCGCAACAAAGCCCCUUGCGGGCUCAGUGGCGAGCUAAGCUCACCACUGGUCCUAUUUGCCCUCUACGGGUGUCGUGGACACGACUGGUUCCCGUAUCUGUAUUGUGACUGCCGUGAUCCCGACGAUUGUAAUGCUAACUGCAUACCCUUAGAAUUACGGGAAAAACAGCCAACUUGCAGUUUGCUUCCAUGGUGCAAAAUAACUUUGUGACUCCUCAUCAGCUUUCUUUUGCAACGCUCUAGAACAUGCUCUUUAAAAUUAAAAUGUGUAACGAUGUUUGAAGGUGCCAAUUGCGUCAACCAACAUUUCCCUUAAUAGUUAAUUAUAUAUGUACUGAUGUUAAGGUCGAGAAUCAUUUUCAUUGUGGCAGGGAAAAACAUCCAUGAAUCUCAAAGGAGAACAUCUCCCCUAAGAGAAUUUAUUGACUUUGAUGUACACCAAUAAAGUAUAUUAAAUAAAGUAUAUUGAAUAAAAUA